AUGGCGCCAGUUUAAUCAAAAGUUUUAUAAAAUGACCAAUUGUGGUUAAAUCUCUUCUCUUCUUUAUUUAAGAAUAGCAAGAAGACCAUUUUUGGUGGAUCACUCCUUCUUGUCAUUCUUUAUUUAGUUAAGAGAAGAUUGAGAGGUUCUGCUCCUUCAAAUGCUCAAGCACAAAAGGAACAAUAAAAGAAGGGAAAAGGUAAUGUAGAUUCUGUAUUCUUCUAAAGAAUCUUUAAGCUCUUAAAAAUUGUUUUUCCUACUUGGAAGUGCUCUGCAAUGGCUGAUAUAGUGCUCUUGACUGUCUUUUUAGUUUUUAGAACUUAUUUAUCAAUUUGGGUUGCAGGAGCAAAUGGACGUAUUGUUAAGGCUAUUAUCAAGUUAGAUGUUAAGGCUUUCUUAAAAAGAAUUCUUGAACUUGGUAUGAUUGCUGUCCCUGCUUCUUUUGUUAACUCUUUCCUCGAAUACUUGAACAAGAAGCUUGCUAUUUACUUUAGAUCUAAGCUUACUUCUCAUUUAACUGAAAUUUACUUGAAGGAUAUGAUUUUCUAUCAAUUAACUAACCUUGAUAACCGUGUCGAAAAUCCUGAUUAAAGAAUGACUGCAGAUAUUGAAAAAUGGGCUAAUUCUCUUUCUCUUAUCUACUCUAACUUUACUAAACCCGUUCUUGAUAUAUUACUUUUCUCCAAAAAAUUAGCUGAGCUUGUAGGUUGGAUGGGACCAACUAUUGUUGUUGCUUGGUAUUUCUUCUCUGGUAUGAUCAUCAAGAUGGUUUCUCCUGCCUUCGGUAAAUUAACAGCUUAAGCUCAAAAGCUUGAAGGUGAAUACAGAGCCUGCCAUACUAGUCUUUCCCACCAUGCUGAAGAAAUAGCAUUCUACAAAGGAACAAGCUGGGAAAAAGCUAGAAUUUUAUCUUCUUUCAAAGAUUUAAUUACUCACACUGAAAAUAUUAUGUCUAAGCGUUUAUUCAUGGGUACUUUUGACAGUCUUCUUGUUAAAUAUGGUGCAGUCAUUAUUGGUUAUGCCGUUGUUGGUUUACCAGUCUUCGGUCCUGGAUCAGCAGAAUAUCUUAAGAAAAUCGACAACGAUCCAUCUGCUAUCACAAGAGAUUAUGUAAGAAAUUCUUCCCUCUUGAUCAAUCUAGCUAAAGCUAUUGGUAGAUUAGUUAUUAGUUACAAAGAAAUAUAACAAUUAGCUGGUUACACUACUAUUGUUUCUGAAAUUAGUAACUCCCUUGAAGAUCUCAAUUAAGGCAAAUAUCAAAGAAAUUUGAUUUCUGGAAGUGAAGUAUAUGGUGAAAGUGUUAGUCAUUUCGGUGGUAGCAUCAUCAACUUACAACAAGGAGAAAGAGAUUCUACCAAAGACUACAUUUAAUUCGUCAAUUUACCAAUUGUUACUCCCAAUGGUGACAAAUUGGUUAAGCCCAUGAACAUUACAAUCUAACCUGGAAUGAAUGUAGUUAUUAGUGGUCCUAAUGGUUGUGGUAAAUCAUCACUUUUCAGAAUUUUAGGAGAAUUAUGGCCUCUUUUCGAAGGAAAAUUAGUAUGUCCUCCUAGUGACAAACUCUUCUAUAUUCCCUAACGUCCUUAUCUUCCAAGAGGUACCCUUCGUGACUAAAUUAUUUAUCCUCACAGUAAAUUGACUAUGUUGAGAAAAAAAAUAACUGAUUAACAUUUACUUUAACUUCUUGCCACUGUUUAAUUAAGCUACAUUGCUGAUAAGCCUGGUGGUUUAGAUAGAGUCGAAGAUUGGAGUAAUAUUUUAGCAGGAGGUGAAAAGCAAGGUAUUGCUAUGGCUCGUCUUUUCUACCACAAGCCUCUCUUCGCUAUUUUAGAUGAGUGCACAUCUGCAGUCUCCCUCGAAAUUGAAGCUUUGUUAUACUCUCACUGUAAGUUACUAGGAAUCACUCUUUUCACAGUCUCUCAUAGAUUAUCUUUAUUCAAGUACCAUGAAUAUAUUUUAAGAUUUGAUGGAAAAGGUGAAUGGAAGUUCGAGUAAUUCCUUAAAGAACCUAGAGAAAUUAAUUUCGAAAUUAAAAAAGAAGAAAGUUAAAAAGAAGAAGUUGCCAAUCCUCAAUGA